AUGUCAACAUUCUGAAAUUAAAGGACAAUUUUGAUUGGUUACGUCAAACACAAAAUAAAAUUUCUCACCCUGUUUACGUGAUUAUAAAUACGAUGCUUGUUGGAUGUUCAAGGCACCAAAAAAUCAGAACACUUGAGAUAGCUAAAAAAAAAAAAGAAAGAAGCUCUAAUUAUUUGCAAUGGCAACUACUGGAUCUUUUUUAAUUUUAAUUUUUAUGAUAUUGGCAACUACUGGAUCAGCAUCCUCUGUGCUGGGGGAAAUGGUGACAGUUCUUAGCAUUGAUGGAGGUGGCAUUAAAGGAAUUAUUCCGGCUACUGUUCUUACUUUUCUUGAAGGCCAACUUCAGGAACUGGACAACAAUAAAGAUGCAAGACUUGCAGAUUACUUUGAUGUGGUUGCAGGAACAAGUACAGGAGGCUUAUUGGCUGCUAUGAUAAGCACUCCAAAUGAAAAUAAUCGUCCCUUAUUUGCUGCCAAAGAUAUUUCGCCGUUUUACUUCACUCAUGGCCCUCAUAUUUUUCCACCUGGUGCCGGGCCCCCAAUUUUUGGCCCAAAAUAUGAUGGAAUAUAUUUUCACCAAAUUCUUCAAGAUGUGUUGGGAGAAAUUCGUUUGCAUCAAGCUUUGACAGAAGUCGCUAUCACAGCCUUUGACAUCAAGACCAAUCAGCCAGUAAUAUUCACUAAGGCAGCGUUAGCAAAGUCUCCUGAAUUGGAUGCUAAGAUGUCAGACAUAUGUUAUUCCACAGCAGCAGCUCCAACUUAUUUUCCUCCAUAUAACUUCACGACUAAAGAUGUUACUGGAAAUGAGUAUCAAUUCAAUCUGGUUGAUGGUGGUGUUGCUGCUGCCAGUCCGGCCUUGGUAGCCCUUAGUGCAGCAAUGAGACAUGCAACGGAAGGGGAUCCAACAUACCGCUCUAUUAGGUCAUUGAACUUCAAAAAUAUUUUGAUGAUCUCAUUAGGUACAGGUGAUGCUACGGAUUUUGAUACUCCAGUAUCAAACACAGCAGAAGAGGCAGCUAAAUGGGGUAUUAUUGACUGGCUAUUUCAUAACAAUAGCAGCCCUUUAAUUCAAGGCGUAAAUUCAGCAAGUUCAUACAUGGAUGAUUAUUACUUGGCCACUGUCUUUCAGGCUCUUGAUUCUGAAAAGAAUUACCUCAGGAUUCAAGAAAAUGGAUUAACAGGUUCAACUACCAUAAUGGAUAAUGCUACGGAUGCUAACAUGAAUUUAUUGGUACAAGUUGGUGAAAAUUUAUUAAAGAAGCCAGUUUCCAAAACGAAUCCUGAAAUCAAUGAGGAAGCUCUAAAGAGGUUUGCAAUAUUGCUCUCUGAAAGGAAGAAACAACGAGCAAAUAAAGCGUCUCAGUAAUUCAAGGUCUCGUAUUAUUAUGCUAAAUAAUAAUAGCUUGCAAAGUGUGAAAUUGCAUGUAUGUAUUAAGCCAGUCAAGUCUUGUGAUCGAGGGAUAAAUUUCAAUAGAAAUGUCUCUCCAUGUAAUAUGCUUGGACUUUGUAACCUUUUGGUUGGGUUAAAUAAAUAAUAAGCUCUUGUAAA